GAUGCCAUCGCUGGACUUGCUCAGGGAGUGGUGAUGUCUGGGGAGGUGAAGAGAGGAUAAAGAAAGAGCAGGAGGAUAAGAAAGAUAUGGCAAAAUUGAUUGGCUGAGUUCGCCCCCCGGCACCAAAGAGCGGCGAAGCGGCGUCUCGUUUACUUGCUACAUCUGUCCACCGGCCUUUCGGCGUGUGAUUGGACAAGUGCACGGUCGUCUCUUCUGCCAUUUGUAAUCACAUCAUUUCGUUUUCUAUCCCCUUCGCUGCAAACUUCUCUCUCUCUCUCUCAAAGCUGUCUUGUCUUUUUUUCUUGCGAGACGGUUUUCAAGUUUUCCUUCGCCUGUCUAAUUUCACGACCGAGAAAUGAGCGCGCGUAGGCUUGGUAUUAUUAUUAAAUGUCCGAGCCCUAUCUGAUUCGCCGACGAGGGAAAAUCAUCGUUUGCUUCGGCGUUCCCCCUGUCCGAAACAGCAUUCAUGCUUCAGUGCGGAUCGCCGACGAUGGCCUGGUAUGCUGUUGCAAGGCCAGACCUUGCCAAUCCCGUAUCGGAAACGGACCAGCAAAGGCAGCGUCCUUCCGUCCGGGCGUAGCGGCGAGCAACAAUACGCCUCGACCAGGGUCUUCUUAUCGUGGCUUUUCGGAGCCGUCCGGAAUUGAUGGAUGGGCACGUGGCACAUGCUCUAGUGGCAGGUCACCUCACCGUGAAGAGAGUAGACGGUCUGAUGAUUGUGAGACGACGCCGCUUGGGAUGAGCUCGCACCAGGGCGAUAUACGAGGAACUGUCCAGAGUGCUGCCCAUAUAUCGUUUAGAUACCUCGCUGUGACUAGCACCAUGCUGGCGGACUUAAUUGGGCUUCAGCAUGCCAACCACGAUGAGCGCGACCGCAUGCAGUGUGGUAAUCCCCGAGUCAGAAUAAGCAGAGCCUGUUGGUGGGUAGCAUACUUGUGCUGCAGCGGCGGCGGAAGCGAUGCCUCGAUGGCUGCCUAGGGAAUCUUAGAGUCACUUUGCUCGACAUCAUCUUCCACAGAGCGAGCACAUAUGGCUGUCUUGUAGAAUACCGAUAGGCUCCUGUACUUG